AUGACAUCGAAUUCAGAGGAGGUUAAAAAAUUGGAGCCAAUUUUCACCACCAAUCCAGAUGAAUUGAAGGGAGAGAUUAUUAAUGUUAGCUUGAAAAAAGGUGUGAAGUUUGGUUUUCAUCUUAUUGGAAUGACUGGGACUUUAGUGCAAGAUAAAUUUACUCAAGUUGAUGAAGUUGAUUCUGAAAGUCCUGCAGAUAUAAAUGGAAUUUUACCCGGAGAUAUUAUUGUUUAUAUAAAUCAAAAGGUUUUGGCCUUAUAUGGAAAGAGGUGCACCUUAAUAUUUAUCCUUAUUUCUUUGCAGUAG